CACACACAUACAGACACACGGAGACAGACAGCAGGCAGCAGCUGCAGCGACAGGAGCCCGGCGCCCCGACUCUGCCUCCAACACCUUCUUCAUAUUCCCCCAGAAUCUCCGCGCCGCUCCCCCCGCACAGAGCUCUGCGACCACCGCCGACAUGGUAGACCGCGAACAACUGGUGCAGAAAGCCAGGCUGGCCGAGCAGGCGGAGCGCUACGAUGAUAUGGCAGCAGCCAUGAAAUCGGUGACAGAACUGAAUGAAGCACUAUCCAAUGAGGAGAGGAACCUUCUCUCCGUAGCCUACAAGAAUGUGGUCGGGGCGCGGCGUUCCUCUUGGCGCGUCAUCUCAAGCAUCGAGCAGAAGACGUCGGCCGACGGCAACGAGAAGAAGAUCGAGAUGGUGCGUGCCUACCGGGAAAAGAUCGAGAAGGAGCUUGAAGCCGUGUGCCAGGACGUGCUCAACCUCCUCGACAACUUCCUGAUCAAGAACUGCAGCGAGACGCAGCACGAGAGCAAGGUUUUCUACCUGAAGAUGAAGGGCGACUACUACCGCUAUCUGGCCGAGGUGGCCACGGGGGAGAAGAGGGCCGCCGUCGUGGAGUCCUCCGAGAAGUCCUACAACGAGGCCCACGAGAUCAGCAAGGAGCACAUGCAGCCCACUCACCCCAUCCGCCUGGGCCUGGCUCUCAACUACUCCGUCUUCUACUACGAGAUCCAGAACGCCCCGGAACAGGCGUGCCACCUGGCCAAGACCGCCUUCGACGACGCCAUCGCCGAGCUGGACACCCUCAACGAGGACUCCUACAAAGACUCCACUCUGAUCAUGCAGCUGCUACGAGACAACUUGACGCUGUGGACGAGCGACCAGCAGGACGACGAGGGAGGCGAGGGCAACAACUAAAGAGGGGGAAACCUCAUUCUGCCAAACCAACAAUACGCGCGCUCACAAAUGACGACAAAAUAAUAAUAAUAGUUUAAAAGUUCUUAGAAAUUAAAACUACAAAAAAAAAAGAAGGGGAGGGUGGGGUGGGGAGUGGUGGAGCAUUGGCGACCAAUUUAGCCGAUGGUACCGACGCGGCUGCUGUUCUUUAUUUUUCCACAAAUUAAAAAAAAAGAAAGAGAAAAUGCGAGGUGGUAAGUGGAUUUUAGUUUCAGAAAUAACCAACGAAUAAUUAAAAAAAAAAAAAAAUCAAAAAGAAUGAAUCCCUCUCCUUAAUAAGCUCUGCAGCUUUUGCCAAAAUAACCACUUUAGAAGCAGGAGGUGCAUCAUUCUCCACGACGUGACCACGGGUCAGCGCCACCGUCACUCUCGGCAGAGACUGGUUGCAUCGCGCAAAUGAAUCUGAGCUGUCUUACUGUAUUUAGCGAGAGGUGGAGAGAUCAGAAAACCUUUCAGUGCUUUGAGCAGCAAGAAAAAUUACGAGUAACCUUUGAAUGUCUUGGCCUUUUUUUGCAUAGUGAGUGAGGAAGACGGAGGGAGAACGAGCAGACGGAGAUGAAGACGGGAUAUUUCCUGGGGUUGUCCAACUUCAUUGCGUAAAAAAAACCCUUCAAACUGACAUCUUUAGUUGCACCGCGCCCAUGAUCGUCGAGUGAAGGUUGUCUCUUGUUAUUGAAGAUAACAUGAU